AAUACAUUCAAAAUUCUACUAAUCUUCUCAUCCCUUCUACAACUUUCUCCGUAUUUCUUUAGCUCGGGCGUUUAAAAUGAAUUCUAAAGCUUUCAUCAUCCUCGGCCUCCUUUUCACCAUUGUCAUCCUCCUCUCCUCGGAGGAGGCUUCAGCUACCGCAAGAGGUCUAAAGAGCGUUGAAGAAGCCGUGAUGGAGACUAACGGAGAUGGAAUCGAGGAUGACAAGCGUCGUUUCGGGGGAGGCCACCAUGGGCACAGGCAUCACCACAGGCACCACCACAGGCACCGCCACCAUUGUCGUCACGGUUGCUCGGCUGAUGAGGAUGUUAAUGAAGAUCCACAAGCCAAGCCUAACAAUUGAAAAUGGGGUUGGUUCAAGUCAAUGUUAUAGUGAUUGUGUAAGUUAUGAAUAAAUGCAUUAUUAUGCUUGAGUUGUGAAGGCUUGUUCGUGUCCAUGUAAGCUCUCUACUAAAGAGAUUAAUUGUGUGUAUUUUGAGCUUUAUUGUAUAAGUUAAUUAAAUAAUCAUGUGAAA